GAUCCAAACCCGGUCACUCUGUCUCAGUCCGACAUUAAACCAUGUAACCCACCGAGUCCGGGGACAGUGAGACUCCUCGGUGUCACCCGAAAACAAAAGAAAACAAACUGCGCAGCGAACAUGAUUUUCCUGCAUGGAGCAUAACCGGACAAAAACACCGACUGAGUGGUGAAGGAGGUCGACUUUAAGAGCUCUGGUCCCUGCUGACGCCGUCUCAGACGUAAACACACACUCAGACGCACGAGUAACCCUACUCAGCGGACAGGAAGACAACAUGGCCUCCAGCUCAAUGAACCAGAAUCCUCCCAGUGGCCUCACAGACAGGAGCGGCAGCUUCUUUAAGCUGAUUGACACAUUUGCACUGGAGAUUGGGGAGCUGAAGAGAGAGAUGGUUCAGACCUCCCCAGCAGUUGACAAGGAGCCCAUUGAUCUACAAGGGCUGGAGAGUGAAGUGAGUGGUGUCUACCUGCAGGCCUCCCACUGUGGCGGGGUGGGGGGUGAAAGGGAUUCUGGGUACGACUCCUUGCGAAGGAGGAUGAGCGUGUUGGACAGGCUGACUCAAACCCACCCGGUGUGGCUGCUGCUGGCAGUCAGUGAAGAGGAGGCCAGUCACAUCCUGCUCACACAGCCGCCUGGGGUGUUCUUGGUCAGUAAGUCAGCCGCUCUGCAGAGAAAGGUUCUGUCUGUGCGUCUAAAGGAGGAUCAGUCAGGAACUCCCAUCAGCCACUUCCCUGUCAGAGAAAGCCAGUACACGUUUUCUCUUGAGGGAUCUGGGAUCAGCUUUGCAGAUCUGUUUCGCCUGGUGGCUUUCUACUGUAUCAGCAGGGAUGUCCUGCCUUUCACACUCAAACUCCCAGAGGCCAUUGCAUCUGCAAAGACCCAGAAAGAUCUGGAGGAGGUGGCUCAGCUCGGAGCAGGUUUCUGGGACUCUGCCCUGUGUAGUAGGCGUCGCACUUCUCCUCGUCCGUGUCGCCCUCUGAGCCGUACCCUCAGCCCCCAGCGGACUAACAGGAACAGGGAGGUCGAGGGGUCACAGCAGAGACACACCGGUGCUCACUGUGACAGCGCUCCCCCGACCCUACGCUCUCACGCGCCUCCACCUUGCUUUCAUCUGGAGAGAAGACAUUCCAGUGGUCCCUUGUGCUUCGUCAACCCCCUGUUUCUCCAGACUCAUCAGCACCGCCGCUGUGAGGACGACCCGCCUUCACAUGCUGCCAAGUCCGAUAACAACAUAGAGAAUGUUGGGCCGUCGUCAGAGAAGCCUUUAACUAGCAGUCAAGGUAGCGAGCAGCACGUGGAUAAAACCAAACUGAACGGCAAAUCUCGUCCUCCUCCCCCCCGUUCCCCCCCCCCCCGCUCCAUGCCGCGCCGGCGCCCUGCCCCACCUCCACCUGGACCUCCAGCAGCCACUGCCAGACCCAAGAGCAUGCCAGAGGCUGUCGUUGUGUCUGCAAGGCAACAACAGUCCUCAAGCAGGCGCCCUGCACCCGCUCGACCUUCAAUGGGUGCGAAAAACAGCAGCCCGUCUAAAACUGCCAGCUCGCCGAUUCCUGUGCCUUCAAACCGACCACCUCCAAGGCCGAAGAAGCCUGAUCUGGAAGCUCACCGCUGCCACAUCGCGCUGGAUGAUGAGACCAUCGCCAGAGCUCUGUCCCGUGCCAAGCUUCCACCCUGCCAGCCUCCACCUGCUGUCCCUGCUGAUGUACUACUGGAGAAUAACGCUGGGAGUCCGUCCACUCCCAAUGAGAGGGGACGCCAGCGGCUCAGUGACAUGAGCAUGUCUACUUCUUCCUCUGACUCACUGGAAUAUUCCCAGUCUCCUGGAUUCUCCCUGGGACUGGCCCCUAGUCCGUCCAGACACCUUAAUCAUCAAGACCCAGUGGAGGACAGCAGUGACGACGAUGAGGAUGGGGAAGAAGACGAGGAAGAAGACUACGGGGUCGGUUUAGAGACAGACUUAGAGAUGCGCCUCCGUCCAUCCUUAAAAGCUCGGAGGCGAAAGGUCGGCGUGAGCUUAGGUGGUGGCUCUUUCAUCCUCCCCAGGGCCCUGAAGGGGCGCUUCCGCAAAGUGAGCGGCAUGCUGAGCUCCCUCAUGACCCCGGAGAGACGGGCGGUAAAAAGGAUCGCUGAGCUGUCCAGGGACAAAAGCUCAUAUUUUGGUUCCCUGGUCCAAGACUACAUCAGCUUUGUUCAGGAGAACCGAGGCUGUCACACCUCAGGGAUGGAUUUUCUGCAGACUCUCAGGCAGUUUAUGACACAGAUGAAGGCUUACCUUCGCCAGAGCUCCGAACUGGACCCCCCGAUAGAGUCACUCAUACCUGAGGACCAGAUUGACCAGGUGUUGGAGAAGGCCAUGCACAAGUGUGUCCUGAAACCUCUGAGGAGUGUGAUUGAGACAGUUUUGCACGACUUCCAGGUGAGCAGCGGAGCUUUGCAGCAACUGAAGGAGAACCUGGCCCUGGCUAAGGCCAAGAGGCCCCAGGAGUUAGGGGUGGACGGAGCUGUGCCCCCUGACCCCAUGGCUAUUGAGAAGAUCCGCCACAAGUUCCUCAACAUGAGCAAGAUGUACUCCCCUGAGAAAAAGGUGUCACUGCUGCUGCGUGUGUGUAAACUCAUCUACACCAUCAUGCAGGAUAACUCAGGGAGGAUGUACGGUGCAGAUGACUUCCUGCCCAUGCUGACUUAUGUGGUGGCUCAGUGUGACAUGCCUCAGCUGGAUACAGAGAUCCAGUACAUGAUGGAGCUGCUGGACCCCUCUCUGCUCCAAGGAGAGGGGGGCUACUACCUGACCAGCGCGUACGGAGCCUUGGCCCUCAUCAAGAACUUCCAGGAAGAGCAGGCAGCCCGGGUGCUGAGCUCUGAGGCCAGGAACACCCUACACCAGUGGCACAGACGGCGCACUGCUCAGCGUUCAGCGCCGACUGUGGACGACUUUCAGAACUAUCUCCGUGUCGCCCUGCAGGAUUUGGACACAGGCUGCACGGCCAAAACCCUGAUUGUCCACCCUUACACGACCACAGAGGAGGUCUGCUCGCUCUGUGCUUACAAGUUCAAGAUCCUGGACCCUGACACCUACGCACUGUUUUUGGUCACUGAAGACACCAGCCAGCAGCUCGCCCCGGACACACACCCUCAACGAAUCAAAGCUGAGCUCCAUAGCCGGCCCCGUGCACAGAUCUUCCACUUUGUCUACCGAAGGGUGCCUAACCUGAACCUAUGUAUCCCUGCCAUCAUGCACAAUGGGAACUGCCUUCAAGUUGAAUAGAGCAGGAGAAAAUAACAGCUUUUUGCACUUGAUCCUAAAUGCUUAGUACUGGUAGUGCUUGCAGAUGUUUGUUUUGUAGAUAGACAUGAGGACAUCUGAAUGGAAAAACAGGCUGUACAUUGGCAUUUUGAUAUUGAUAUAAAAAUUCUUUGCUCAAAAAUUAUGCUAUCCAAAUGAUACAGUGAUUAAUUUUCAAGAAGAGUAACCAAGAUGUAGGAUGGACUCUAGAAAGUGCUGGUGUUUCACUCAAACACCUCAAGACCGUGACUCAUAUUUGGGUUGAAAAGAAUAACAAUGGUAAGCUGUAAGUUUAGUUUAAGCUCUCUACAAUUAAAACAUUUAGGGACCAACUAUCUGGUUUGGUUUGUCAUGCCGAGUAGAAAUCAUCAGAUUGUAGAUAGAGGCUGGUUUGCAGGAAUUGUAUGUUAAGUAUUAGAAGGAGGUGAAAAGUUCUUAAGAUUGUUGGACAUGUACCAUCCUUAAAGGUCCAGUGUGUAGGAUUUAGGGGGAUAUAUUGAAAGAAAUGGAAGAUAAUAUAUUGAGUAUGUUUUUGUUUUAGUGUAUAAGCACCUGAGAGUAAGAAUUAUGUUUUUUGUUUCCUUUGAAUGAGCAGUUUAUAUCUACAGAUGGAGCAGAUCCUUGUCUACAGAGAUUACCAUGUUUACAGUAGCCCAGAAAGGACAAACAAACACUGGCUUUGGAUAGGACCGUUCACAUUUUUGUUUGGGCCACUAGGGUAAGCAUUUCCUUUCCAACAAGCAAUGUUGGAAAAACACAGUUUGUUUAAAAGUGAACUGCUUUAUUCAGUGUUUUUAUUGGUUUAAAUCACCACGUAUGUUUGUUUUUGACAGAUAGACACCUCUGCGUAUAUUUUGGCUUCAGGUAUAAACCUCCUGAAUGUUUGGAAAAAUGAUGAGCACACCAUAGCAGGUCCUGGGUUAGCGGCCCUUCUGCGACAAGCCAAAUAGCGUCAGAGAAACACUGAUUUGUAAUGUGAAACUGCUUUAUUCAGAAUUUUUUAUUGAUCUUAAUAACUGGGUCCGUUUGUUUUGGGAAGGAAGAGACCAGAUGUUUAUGACUUCUGAUAAAAACCUUCAACAAUGAACACUGAAGAGACUCCAGCCGGGAAAAGUUUUAGCUGGUUGCAUUGUGCAAUCCUCACCACUAGGUGCCUCUAAAUCCCCCGUAAUCUUACACACUGUUCACUUAUAGCAGGGGUCAUACAGUUUAAUAUUGCAUUUUAUGUAACUAACAUUUGCCUUAACUGCUGUUAUCCCAGGUGCCUUCAAAAGGAAUUAAACAUCCUGUAUGCUACUGAAAGCUUUCAGCUGUCAUCCAGUGAUGAGUCAGCUUUCACUAGUGACCCAGAAAAUAAACAAACUUUAUGCUAAAAUGGUGGCUUAAUAAGUAAAAUGAACUCUUGUAAAAGUUAUGAUUGUUUUUUUAAAUUGCUCUUAUUUUUAUUUUCUGCAAUUGCUGGUCAAUUGUAGAUUGUAUGCCUAUGUAGAAAUAUUUUUAUAUCAAUUGUUUAAUUUUUAUCACUAAAGAUUUGUAUUCUGAUUGAAUAAUAUCUGUACUGGACUCGAUAGUGGACUUGGAUGUAUGCCAGUUAUUUCUCAAAAGUCAAUUUAAAACAACACUGUUUCUACUAUUUCUCACAGAAAGCUCAAAGCUGACUGUCAAAAUAUAUAAAAUUAUCUUAAAACAAGGCUACUUGCUGACUGAAUUUUUGCUACGGUAUUUUUGAGAGUAAGUGUCAAUUCUUAGGCAUACUGUUGCAUUUCUUUGCAGCACAAUGAUACCCUGACAAAACAGGAUUUUACUUGAUCUCUGAGAUAAAAAUUACAUUCAACAACCUAAAAAUGGCAAAAUUAAUCACACAUAUUUCAAUCCACAAACACAAAUUAAACUGAAAAAUGAUUUGCAAACCUGGUCUAAACAGAAGGUGGUCAGAUAGGGGAAUAUUUAUGAAGCAUUUUUGUGGUUUGAUGUAUAAAGUCAAAUAAAGUAUUUGUUGCUAUGGUU